AUGUCUGAACUGGAACAGCAGCAGCACCAGCAGUCGCAACUGCACCGAGAAGAACUCGAGCGCAUGCUCUUCUUCGAAGAAGCGCGCCAACGCGCCGAAGCCGACCACGCGAUAAACCCAGAAGACGCGCACGUGUUAACCCGAUGGGGCGGGGCGUUGUUAGAGCUCGCGCACUUCCGCCAGGGCGUGGAAGCGGUGGAGAUGAUCGAACUCGCGGUGACGAAAUUUAACAGCGCGUUGAAGAUCGACGCGAGGAAACACGACGCGCUUUGGUGCUUAGGGAACGCGCUGACGAGCCAAGGGUUUUUGUUCGCGGAGGCGGAGAAAGCUGGGGAGUAUUUCGACGAGGCGAAGAGGUGCUUUGAACGCGCGGUGGCGGAAGAGCCGGAGAAUGAGAUUUAUAAGAAAGCGUUGGAGAUGACGGAGAAAGCGCCGAGUUUACACGCGGAGUUGCAGAAUCAGCUGGCGGCGCAGCAAAGAGCGCAAGAGGCGGCGCAACAGUACGAGAGAGCGCAUUCAGGUGGUGGUAAUGGUGGUAACGGUGGGGGUGGUGGGAGUAGAGAAGGCGGGGAACAGGAGGAUCCGGACGCGUUUUACUAUUCGAUGCUUGGGUGGAGUACGUUUGCCGUCGUCGCGACGAGCUGGUUGGUGAUGAUGAACGUCCAAGCGGCCAGGGCGCAGACGUAA